AUGAAGAAACUUAAACGCAAAUUACAUGACUACUUAUCAGGGGAGAAGAAGAAGCCCAAGGGGAUGGUAAAAUUCUGCCCGUUAUCACCGUGCAAAGGCAAAAAAAAAACGCCCAUUUUCCAGCUCAAUAAACAUUUACAAACGCCUUUACAUGGUCUUAAGCCUGAUACACCCAGCUACAGAGAAGCCUUUGAAGGAAGCUCCACGAGUCUCUCUAGACUUCAUAGACGAUCACUUAAAGAAGCAAAAAAAAAAGGAGGAAAGUUGAGGAAGGGCAAGAGGAGAGCAGAGAGGAGUAGUGACGAUGAAAGGCAUGAAAGUAAUUAUGACAGCGGAGAGUAUAGGAGAUCGGGUGAAGAGGAUUGCCGAAAACGUGUGAAAGCAAGUAGAGCUAAAGUAAAUAAUGAUGGAAGCGAAGAUGAUAAAGAACUACAAGAUGAGAGCCAAAAGCCAUUAGAAGUAACUGCUGGGCCAAGUGAGGAUAACUGCAAUGACGUUUACCUAGAGGAUUGUCAAAGCGAAAAUGAUGGUGAGACCAGUGAACGAGUUGAUAAAGGUGCCGGUACAAUUAGUAAGGACAGUGAUCAAGAAUAUGACGAUCUUGCACGUCGAGCGUGGGAAAAUGCAAGUGAACAACGGAACGACAUUGUCAUCUUAUCAGACAGUGAAUCUGGUAGCGACUACAUUCCGGGAAGUGAUUCUGAGUCGAGUGAAUCUUACCAAUCUCAAGAUUCUAUUCAUUCUCUUGAUUAUGAAAAUUUGAUGAUAGAAAUGGUCGAGGUUAUCGGAAAGGAGGAAAUUGUAGCUGGAAAGUCAUUUCUAGAUAAUAAACUUGAGUCACCUCGGUGGAAGAAAAAAGUUCAAGAGUUUAUAAUUGCUCAAGAAACUAAAGGUUAUCGUUUUAAGAAUGAAGAAGAUUCUUCAGAAGACUUGAGACGAAGGUUUCAGCACUGUGAAGAGAGCGAAGGUGAUGAAGUCGAAAGCAUAUUAAUGAGUGACGAAAGCGACAACGAUGAUGCCUUGGAUGAAGAGUGGGAAGCAAGUGAUGGUGAACCAGAUCUUGAAAAGGGAAACGAAAGUCAGCAAGGUUGCUUUGACACUAUCACUGACAACUUAAUUACUGAAUUUUACGACUACAUGAUUGACGUAGAUGGAGGUUAUCGUAAUGUUAAAAUAGCACAGCAAUACAAGUCUCAAGUGAAAAGUGUCAUUCGCACCUGCACAGCGAAUUCGACACAGGACGAUAAACAAAAACAAUCCGGCCCUGCGAUUUACUCGCUUUUGACCCCUGGAAAAGUUGGAGCAAACAUUUUGAAGUCAUGGCUUUCCUAUGCGGUCAACAAGUACCGACCAGGAACUGUUAGGUCCUACUUGAUGAGUCUGCGCCAGUUUUACAAAUUCUUAAUCCAAGAGGAAAAGUCCAUACCGGAAGUAUCCCUGGACUUGCUUAACGCUCGCACAGAUCUCAUGACGUCAUGGUCAUCUGCACAAAAAAAGAACAUCUUAAAGAGGAAACUAGAGAAGUACGAUGAGGAUUAUCGGAAAAUUCUCUCAAGUGAAAGCCUUGACAAGAUUUGCCAUGGAAAUCAGCGCGUGAACGCUGUUAAGCAAUUGGCGGCAACCUCUGAAAACACACAUCGUGGUGAAAUUAUCAUGAGGACUAUCAGUGACAAAUCGCACUGUGAAGUGAGGGACUGGUUAAUGACACGAAUGCUGAUUGAUAAUAGUGGCAGAAGUGGGGUGGCAGCCAAAAUGACUGUUGCCGAAUUUAAUGAGGCUGUUCACUACCAGGGUACAGAAGAGGACCCGGCACGGUUCAGGGUACAUGUUAAAGAUCACAAGACAGCUAAAGUGUAUGGGCCGGCCGUCGUUUGGAUUUAUGAAGACCUGUAUCACCUCAUAGACAUGUACAUAAGAACAGUGAGGAGUCAGUUCGUUCUAUCAGAUUCUAGUGUAGAGUGCGUAUUUGUUUCAAGCAAUGGAAUUGCCCUGACUUCGUCUCAGGUUUCAACAGCUAUCGCGAGAACCUUUGAAAGAGAAGGUGUUAAAGUCAAGGGAAAGGUCUGCGCGACAACAAUUCGAAAGUCCCUUGCCACUGGGAUGCACGUCCACCUGCCUGACCAGAAGGAACACCUAGCUGCCCUUGCCCAACACAAAGUACAAACGCAGGCAAAUUACUAUCGCAUCCACGACAAAAUAAACGAAACUGACUUGGGACGACGAGCAGUAAAGAACCUCGUUUCGCUAAAGAAAGAAAAAAUCUGA